ACAAACGACAUUCAAAAGCUUCUAAUAAAAAAAUCAUUGCAUUGGUACUACUGAAAAUAUUGACAUUUUUACAACAUUUAUUCCAAGUUCCUUCAAUUUUUUUGAGGACAAGAAAAUUUUGCUUUCAAGAAAUUCACGAAUUUAUUGGCGUCAAGUUAAUAACGAACAAACAUGGAUGUCAAAUUGUGCUUUGAGAACACGUCAAAUUUGGCCUUGAAUAACUUGGUCAAUUUAUUGUUCAAUUUAUUGUUGAUGUAAAGUGCACUUAAGAUCUUUAAAAGUCUUAAAUACGAGAACUGGCCAAAUGCCUAAGAGGUAGAGGCCAAGAAACUAAAAGAAGAAGAGGUUAGGGGUUAUGGUAUUUGCGGUAUUUGUUUACAUUUUCUUGGUUGUUGUUGUUGUUGACUUGUUUGUAUUUUAUUUAUUCUAUAAUUCUAUUUUAUAGUACAUCCACAUGCCGUAGGUACGAGUUUAGUUAACAGUACAAUAUAAAAUAAUGUGUAUUUCCUAAAUAUUUCUAUUGUUUGUAUUCAUUAGUUAUGGAAGUAAAUGGUAAGGAAGACUUUGGAGAAUAUGAAAAAAAUUAUGCAGAAACUCAGUUAAACACAUCAAUAGAUAUUGAAGACAUUAAAAAUGAACCAGGUGAACAUUGCUCAAAUGAGGGAAGUAAAGUAAAAGUUAAGAAAGAAUAUGAAAAAGCAGAAACUGAGCUAUGGGCAUCUAUAGACAUUAAAGACAUUAAAAAUGAACCAGGUGAACACUGCCCAGAUGAGGGAAGUAAAGUAAAAGUUAAGAAAGCAUAUGAAAAAGCAGACACUGACCUAUGCACAUCUAUAAACAUUGAAGACAUUAAAAGUGAAUCAGGUGAACAUUGCCAAGAUGAGGAAAGUAAAGUAAAAAUUAAGGAAGAAUUUGGAGAAUAUGAAAAAAUAUAUGCAGAAACUCAGCUAUGCACAUCUAUAGACAUUGAAGACAUUAAAAAUGAACCAGCUGAACAUUGCUCAGGUCUUUCUCAAAAUAAGAAUAUAUUGGAGAUAAUUGAAGCUGAACAUACAUGUAUUACAGUUGAACAAACAAUUCGACAAGGAGAAGAAAAAUCAUCAAAAUGUACGAUGUUUUCCAAAGAUUUAAAAAGCAAUAUGCAAUUACAUAAUGACGAAAAAUCUUAUAAGUGUGAAUUUUGUACUAAGGAGUUCACUAAAAAAUCUGAUUUAAAUAUUCAUAGAAGAAUACACAAAAAUACACAUAAAUGUGAAGUUUGCUUCAAGCAGUUUUCACAAAGAACCGGUUUGAAACGCCAUUUGCAAACGCACACUGGCGAAAAGCCUUUCAAAUGUGACAUUUGUUCUAAACAGAUUACACGUAGGAGGCAUUUGAAAAGACAUUUAAGAAUCCACACAGGAGAAAGACCUUUUCAAUGUGACAUUUGCAGUCAAUCGUUUUUUUACAAACAUAAUUUGAAAGACCAUUUAAUUAGACACACUGGAGAAAAAAAUUAUGAAUGUGAGAUUUGUAGUCAAUCGUUUUUCUUCGAGAAUAAUUUGAAAACCCACUUAAGAAUACAUACUGGGGAAAAAUCUAGUCAAUGUGGGAUUUGUAAUAAACAGUGUUUUAGCAACGGUCAUUUGAAAGACCAUAUGAUAAGUCAUACUGGAGAAAGAAAUUAUAAAUGUGAAAUAUGCCUAAAGCAUUUUUCUCGAAGUGGAGUUUUGAAACGACAUUUGAAAAUACAUACGAGUACUAGGGAAAAACUUUUUGAAUGUGCGAUUUGUUCUUCACAUUUUUACACUAAGAGUCAUUUGAGGCGUCAUAUCAUUUCACAUAAUCCUGAAAAAGUGUAUAAGUGUGAAAUUUGUUUUACGCCGUUUUAUAGAAAGGGACUUUUGAAGACACAUUUAAAGAAUCACACUGAAAAAAAAAAUCUGUGAUUAAGCAUACUGGAGAAAGAAAUUAUAAAUGUGAAAUAUGCUUAAAGCAUUUUUCUCGAAAUGGAGUUUUGAAAAGACAUUUGGAAAUACAUAUGAGUACUAGGGAAAACCUUUUGAAUGUGCGAUUUGUGCUUCACAUUUUUACACCAAGACUCUUUUGAGACGUCAUUUCAGAACAUUUAAUCAUGAAAAUGUGUAUAAGUGUGAAAUUUCUGUUACGCCUUUUUAUAGAAAGGGACUUUUGAAGACACAUUUAAAGAAUCACGCUAAAAAAAAAAUCUGGGGUUCCCUGUACUAGAGAAACUUUUGAAUGUGCAAUUUGUUCUUCGCGUUUUUACACCAAGGUUCAUUUGAGACGUCAUUUCAGAACAUUUAAUCAUGAAAAAGUGUGAAAUAUGUUUUACGCCGUUUUAUAGAAAGACAUUUUUGAAGACACAUUUAAAGAAUCACACUGGAAAAAAUCUAAGAAUCACACUGAAAAAAGAUCUGUGAAUCACAAAUCUGAAUUUUGUACUAAAGAGUUUACUAAAAAAAAUUAAAUAGUCAUAGGAGAAAAAAUAAUAAUCCAUAAAGAUAUGAAAUUUCCGUCCUACGGUGAGUGAAGUGGAUGGCCAGACUGAGCUGUAAAUAUCGCUGCAGCGACAUCGAACGUCUCAUCUUCGGCGUCGCGCCUCCUGUCGCAAACGAAUGGACCUGGAUCCAUUUUAUUUGCCGCGUAAGUACCGGCGCAAAUUGAUCCUAAGUAGACAUAACCUGGCACCGGCGAGUUGCGUAGACCGUUCUGCGCAUCCUACUAUCAGUUCAUGCGUUCGCAGGUCGAGCUUGGUAAGGUCUGUCGUCAACGUACAGUUUUCUGGGCAUUGGGACGGGUGACUCAGCGCCAGAUGUUAAUUUUUACGUGUUUUUGUUUUGCGAGAUGGAAAUAUCUGAAAUGAAUAAGCGGCGAUAUAUUUUACACUAUCUUGAAUGAAUAACAUUUUAUUGCUCUGUUGUAUCAAUCAGCACUACUCUACAAGUUUUCGUUUAUUUGUUUUAAUAUGUAUUUUAUUAUAUAAUAUAGUAGGCUCAAUAGUAGCGAAUAUAAUUUAUAUGAUUAAAACAGUGAAUUUUUUACAUGUUACUUAUUUUUAAUUUCUUGUGAAGUAUCUAGUUAGUGUGGCUUUAGCCAAUAAAUCAAAGUUAUGCGUUUACAAGAGCAUAUUAUUUGAAAAAUAAGGAGUACCAUAAUGUGUCAUAAUUAUAAUCUCCUUUAUACAGAUCAAAAAAUUGUUUAGUAUGUAUUUCUAAAUCCACACAAUCAUUGGAAAAUGAUUCAUGGUAAAAAAUAUUUAUUAAUGACACUGUUAUCGACAAAGUCGCUCAAUUUUAAACUUGUCAUCAUAUAUUUAUUAGACUUUUGUUUAUCGUUAAAAAUUAAAUGAUGGUUGAGAAUUGUAUUUUUUGUGUGAUUUAAUAUUUUAUCAAAAACAUAAUCAGCAAAAAUCUUAUUUAAAUCAUGCGAACCGUUUUUGCAAUCACAAUCAAUGCAGUGUUUAACUUAUGCUUGUUAUUAUAAAGGUAUGUAGAAAUAGAAUACUCAGUGUAAGAUAUCUUUUUAUGCACCCGCUUAUGAUCAAAUUCGAUGUUUUCGAAAGUCAUACCGCUACGACUACUAUAUAGGGACAUGUAAGAUAUUUUUAAAACGUUACUAGUUACAUGUACGGAACUACCGUUUUUUAGUUGCCUACUCAAUUUAGUACAAGGAUCAGAUACAUCAGUGUUUUGUAAUCAGUAUUUGUACUCAGUACCACUGAGAACCGGUAUCAAUAGUAACCGUUACACGUUGCACUUAUUUUGCCCGUCUCUAUUCGUUACGGCGACAGCCGAUGGUCGGGUUAGCUUGUGUUCAGUGUUCUCAGACCUCCUGAAAUUUCAGGAGACCUACUGAUGGCGACCCUCGCCUACUGAUCUACUGAUGGCGUCCUUAAACCUCCUGAUGAAGUGAUGAAAUUCUGAAAAUCAUCUGGUUUUGUUCCAACUCGAUACAAAACCGUUCUUGAAUGAUUACGAGGAUGCGCAGUAACGAAGAAUGUGUUACUGCGCAGCAUUAUUCGUCAUUGCGCAUGCGCGUAACGAUUCAAGAACGGUUUUGUAUGAAGUUUGAAUUUUUCAGAAAUUUAUCCUAUUUCAUUUUUUUUUAUUUUUAUGCUUUAGCCGCCAUCUAGCGUUGCCACAGCCGUCCCUUACAGAUUUUAUAGAGUUUCAUGCCUACCUAUAAACGUAAAAAUACUCCACCAACUGAUUCUACUGAUUUUUCGUGGCGACAUGUAGUUGCCAAUCUAUAAACGUAAAGACUGAAACUACAGAAUUCUACCAAUUUUUGAGGCGAGCGAGUCUCCUGAAAUCUCCUGAUCGUUCGUGGCGACACCUCCUGAUCCUCAAAAAAGUCAUCUGGGAACACUGCUUGUGUUUAAUAUGCAGCACGCUAGAAAAAUAUCUGCACAGGCCACCCGUCCCACCGGCGCAGGUUGUGACUCGCUUAGGUUCAAUAUGCGCCGGGACUAAUUGUCGCGUAGUGCAUGGCGAGACAAGCGUUUUUUACUGCGAGCUACAUUUAUCAUUAAAAAUUUAACUAAACACAUUUAACGCCGGAAUUAUUUUGUUUUCAAGUUUUAAAAUUUUACUUACCUAUACAUAAUUAUGAGUAAUUUUGUACUGUAUAUUCUUUGUAGUAUAGUUAUUUGUAAUACAUAAUUUGUUUUUUAGAAUAAUCAUUGUUUUUAACAGAAAUGUAUUUACUAUUUUACUUGGGAAUAAAGCCACAAUUUAAGU